CAUUCAUUGACACUUUAUUUUUAUAAAGUGAAAAAAUGUUUGAAUUGUUUGAGUUUGAAAAUUUUUAAUAGAUAUUUGCAUUAUUAUGAAAUAUAUAUUGUAUAUUGCGUUAAUAAAUUGAUAUAUCAACUAUAAAAUUCAAUCAGCGUAAAGAAAUGUGAGUCCAAAUUAGUUAAGUAUCUACCUACGGAAUUCCAGCUAAUUCAAAGAAUUAUUAAUUUAUCCUCUUCCACAAAUGAGGACGAAGAACUUUUUAUUAACAAUAUGUGUAAUUAUAUCUCUGAGCUUAAUUUUCGUUAUAUUCGGUCAAGACAAACCGGAAAGCAUUCAUGAUAUUGUCUCUACAACAAAUGAACAAAUAAGAAAUUUUAAGGUGAACUUAAGAGAUGCUGAAACAAAGACUUUAAACGCAGAUGAGAAGUACUUAAAUGUUUUGGGCUUUACAGAGGAGCCCAGACUGUACCCAAAAGAUGUAUGGAAAAAUACAUCAUUGCCAGUGGUUGUUACUUAUGUUAGAGAUGGUCAAGAGAGUCAAGCCGUUGGAUUCAUAAUCAAUAUGGCAAAAAUGCUACCAAAUAAUACAAUUCUAAUUUAUAAUUUAGGUUUAGAUGAUCGAGGAUUUAAAUUGCUCACAAAUUUUUGCAACAAUUCAAGAUGUCAAGUCAUCAACUUCGAUUUAGAUCAGUUUCCGCCACACGUGUUUGUAGAAUAUCUUCACGCAUUUCGACCGCUGAUUAUUCAGGACGCACUUCAACACACAGGCGCAAUAUUCUUCCUAGAGUCGAAUUAUAGACUGUCUCAAAAUGUGAUACCAAGGCUGUUCGAAGAACGGGCGUUAAAGUCUGGAAUUCUCGCGUGGCCGUUCAAUUUGAAGAACCCGGUGUCGAGUUUGACACACAAAAAGAUGUUUGAGUAUUUUCUCACCGACGCCGAUAGUUUUCUUUUUCUUGAAAUGGUAAAAGUGGAAGCACUGUUGAUCGUCAACACAGAGACCAUACACAAAAACGUGAUGCUACCGUGGGUACAAUGCGCUCUAACGCAAGAUUGCAUCAUCCCGAUUGGAGCCCAAUCGGUGGGCUGCAAAUUCGACAAGAAACCGCAAUACAGGUAUUCGGGCUGUCACAGCUACGACACGUCGGCUUUAAAUAUAGUUUUAGGACUGUUAUUCAAACAGGACAGCGGAAAUUUUCUAUGGAAAAUGAAAUGGAUCCCGAUGGGAAAAACACAUUAAAAUACGAUAAUGAAGAUAUUCUUGAAUCCAAGCUUAAGAGAAGGAGUAUCCGCCUUCAAAAUUUACAAAACUCUGAAGUACCAGAAUCGUCACCAAAGUUACCAAGUACCAAUGAUUUAAAACACAAUAAUUCAAAUGGGCUGGAAUUAUAUAAUAAAGAAUAUGAUGAAAAUACAGCCCUCAGCUCGGGCAGUGAUAAUAUCGAGCAGUCAAGAGAAUCAUUGAAAUCACCCGAUCAAUUGUUACCUUUGAGAAUAAAUAAAAACGCAAAUGACAGAAAAUACUUCAAAAGUAACAAAAACGCAAACGCAAAUUCAUCCGCAGACGAUACCCAAACCGAGAAUGUCUCAAAAGCGUAUAAAAUUAUAUCGAAACCUACACCUGCGAACCAAAGCUCCGAUUUAAUAAGCGCAGUACCAUCAAAGUUUCCUUUAAAAACUUACAUUAAUCCGAGGAGACUUGCAGAGAAAAAACAACGUAUCGAAAGCUUUGCUUUACCUGAUAACCCUUUGACCUGCCCGAUCGCUGAUAUAACAUUACCGGAAAUUGACAAAGUCUUAGACACCGAAACAUUAGACGCCAGAGAAAUCACAAUUCAAGAAUUGCAAUUCGUUGACGAACCUUGGUGCAUCAUCGACUUGGAAACGCAUUUUUCCAGCAUAAACGAUAUCAGAAUAAAAGUCGAACCCCAGAAGCACCUCAACCUUCGCUCUCCCACAAAAUGUAAUGUUCCUAAAGAAUCUACACCUCAAACGGAAGUUAAUAAACCAGUAAGAAGAGUAUUGGAUGUCGAAAAGGAAUCCAAUGAGAAGCAGAUCAAAAAGUUGCCUUCCGGUAAAGGUAAAAACGAAAGAAUCAUCGCUAAUCAUAGUUUGACCUUGGAAGAACACGAAGUUGAAAUAUUUAAUUACUGUACUGUUCAAAAUGCGUCUGAUUCGACCAGCAUUAAAACCAACAGGCUCUCUAGAAAUUCACAGAACGAGGAUCCUAAAAUUUGCGAAAAAUCUAAUUUAAGAUCGUCCAAUAGCUGUAAAGAAGAAAUUAGCAAGAAACAAAGCUUAGAAAAUUCUCGAAAUAAAAAUUCAGAAUAUUCGAGUGAUUUAGAAAAGACAGCAGUUGAUUUUGAUGUUCCCACGAAAAAUCUAAGUUCUAAUUCUUGUGCAGAUUUAGAUAAUGAUUUAAAAAAAUGUAGUGAGUCCGAAAAAUUGAAAAAAUCUAAUAGUCAAUCGGGUACUAUUGAAGUUGACUUCGAUGUUCCCACUAGAACUCUAAGAUCUAAUUCCUGUACAGAUUUAGAUGAUUUUGAAAAGUGUAGCAAGCCUGAAAAAUUGAAAAAAUCCAGUAGUCAAUUGGGAAUAAUUGAAGUAGACUUCGACAUUCCCGCAAGAACUCUAAGAUCUAAUUCCUGUACAGAUUUAGACGAUUUUGAAAAGUGUAGCAAGCCUGAAAAAUUGAAAAAAUCUAAUAGUCAAUUGGGAUUAGUUCAAGUAGACUUCGACAUUCCCGCAAGAACUCUAAGAUCUAAUUCCUGUACAGAUUUAGAUGAUUUUGAAAAGAGUAGCAAGCCUGAAAAAUUAAAAAAAUCUAAUAAACAAUCGGAAGAUAUUGAAGUUCCCAAGAUAAUUCUAAAAUCUAAUUCGUGUACAGAUUUAUCUGAAUUUGAUAAAUAUAGAAAACCAGAAAAAAUAAAAAAAUUCAAUAGUCAAAUAAAACUGGACGAUAAUGUUAAUAAAAACGUUAAUAAACGCAUUGAUAAAAUAAUGAAGCUGGUUUCUGAUGAAUGUUCAAAAAUAGACGACAAUGUUAAACGUAUUGAUAAAAUUAAUUCAGUUGCUGUUGAGAAAAGAAAACCCAAAGGCAAUUCUAAGCAACUAAAAGUAACGUUAUAUCAGUUACCUGUAAAAUCGAAACCAAACCAACAAACUGAUAUUUCUAGUAGCGCUAAGACUCAAAUUUCAAAUAAAAAACCGAUAAAUUUACCAGACCAAAACAAAAACAUCGCUUCUUGUGGAAUGAUUUUAGAGCUAGUCGAUAUUCAAAAAGUUUACACUGAUGAUCAUGAUUCUCGUUUAGAAUCUACUUGUGAAUUAUCUCGAGACACUCUAAUUCUAGAUGAUACAUCUAAAACGGAUGUAACUGAAGAUGAAACGAGCAUUUUAUAUGACAAUUUUAGCUUCAAAAGAAAAUCUAAAAGUGCGGCCAAUGCAAAACUAACGGAAUACUUUCAAAAACCCCAUCUUCCGAAAGCGACUCACACCAUCGAUUUUUCUCCUAUUGGCAAGCAGUUGUCCGAGAAUGUGGUCAUGAAACUGUUCGAAGUUAAUGAUAUUUCAUCACCUAAUAGCACCAGCACGCCUAAUAAUAAAUCCAGAGACAGGUCGCGAAAAAUUAGCAAACUAGACAGUGAUCUAGAUAAAUCUAUUGGUGAUCGAACAGAAGAAGAUGCAGAUAAACAGCAAAACUGUACAAAAGAGAAAAAUAUAGACAAUCGAAUCGGUGAGAGUAAUAAGCGAAAAAGGGGUAGACCAAGAAAAAUAAAUAAGGAGAAUAGUGUAUUAAAUGUUGAAGCAACAGAUCUACCAAUAUCGGCUGAUAGUAGCAUUGAAGACCAGAAGGAUAAUCUAGCAAAACACGUAAAUAAAGAAAAUAAAACAAAAUCAGAAAACGAUACAAGUACAUCUAUAGUUAAAGAAAAUAAUAGAUUGUUGAGAAGCAGACCAACAAAAUUAAAACAGUCUAAAAAUGAAAUUAAAGCGGCAGAAAUUGAUCUAGUAGAGCUUAACGACAAUAAAGGACAGAAAAGUAUUUCGAUUAAAGCUACUAAUGAAGAUAAUAAAAAAAUACAAUCUACUCAAACAGAAAAAAAUAGAAAUGCAUCCAAAACAGGCGAUCGCUCUUUCAAAACCUUGGAAACAUCCAAAAAACAAAGUGUGAAAGAUUCAGUAAACGAUAUAGACGUAGAUCCAAUUAAAAAUGGCGAAAAAACUCUCUUAGAAUUUAAAACUAAUUCGCAAAACGUUAAAAACCUUUUAGAUUCUACAAAGAAAGAUACAGUAUUGAAACAAAAUCGACCACCAUUAAAUAAAACUAAAAGAUUAUCGAAAAUAAACGGACAAAUGACACAUUUAAUUUCUGAAACCUCCAAACUCACUGAUACCGUUGAAACUAAUUCAAUACAAGUAUCAGAAAAUUUGAAUAGUAACAAAGAUAUUUCCCAGAAAAGAACAAGGAUUAAAACGAAUAUAGGAGACAGAAAUAAUGAUGACGUCUACCGGAAAAGCACUAGAAUUAAAACAAGUUUAGAAGAACCAAUGAACGAAUCAAAUUUUGAAAUCUCCACGCCUACCAAAAUUGUUGAAAUAAAUUCAAUGCAAUUAUCAAAGGAUCUGAAUACUAACAAAGAUAUUUCCCAGAAGACAGCUAGAAGAAAAACGAAUAUAGAAGACAGAAUUAAUGAUGACGUGCGCCAGAAGAAAACUAGAACUAAAACAAAUUUAGAAGAACCAGUGAACGAUUCAAAUUUGAAAACUGCUUUAUUAUCAGAAAUCUCCACGCCCACCAAACUUGUUGGAAUGAAUUCAUUGCGAGCAUCGGAGGAUCUGAAUACUGAAGAAGAUAUGUCCCAGAAGAGAACUAGAAGUAAAACAAAUAUAGAAGACAGAAUUACUGAUGACGUCUGCCAGAAAAGAACUAGAAAUAAAACAAGCUUAGAAGAACUGGUAAUCGAUACAAGUUUCCAAAACGUUUCACCGAAAAAAACCAGGAGCAAACAAAGAAUAAACGGCAUCAAAGAAGAUUUAAUCAGUGCAACUGUGAUUGAAUCAAACUCCUUGAAAGGUUUGAAAAACAAAGUCGUUGAAAAAGAUUCGCCAAAAACUUCAGAUGAAAUCGAUUUAGAAGACAUACCACUUCAAUCGAGGAUAGAAUGUAUUUUUAAAAAAAAAUCCAAAAGUAAAAUAUCAAUAGAACGAAAUAAUGACAAUAAUAAAUCAACAAAUGUUAUAACAGAGGCAGAAAUAGAAUACUCGAGACUUACCAGAAGCAAAAGGAGCAUUGAUAGAAGAUUGUCAAGAUCUGAUAGCGAAAUUAUGAGCAUUGGAGAUAUAUCCUCUAGACUUACAAGAAGUAAAAGCAGCCUAAGCAUGACAAUUGAAGUCGACGGCAAUACCGAAGAUUCUUUUUCAAAAAUUAGUGAAAGAAAACGCAGCAUAACUAAGGGAGAUACUUCUGAUUUAGAAAUUGAGAAUGAUAAAGAGGAUACGAUUAAUUUACAAGGCAAUAUUGAUAGCAACAGUUCUGAAAUUCAAGUCAACUUGAAAAAUAAAUUAGAUAAAGAUGGAGCUAAAAUUUCAAACAAAGAAAAGAAUGAUAAAAAAGAAAAAGUACUGGCAUCUAGAAUUAAAAGAAGUAGAAGUUUAGACAAAAGAACAAAUAAAAAUGAUAGUAACAAUUUUAAUGAUGAUAAUAUUAAUUCUUCAAGGAAGAAUAGCUUGACCAAUGUAAAAACUCAGAAUGUAGCAAAUAAAACAAACGAACUGGUAGAUGACGAUAGUUUUAACAAUAAAAACAUUCUAAAUGAGGAAAAAGAACUGGAAGAAAUCUUAGAUACAAACAUGGUUAAAGAAAAUGAUACCUCAGUAAGAAAUGAAAGUAUAGAAAAUUCUUCUGGAUCUGCGAAAAACUUAGAUACAAAGGGUAACAAUUUAAAUAAGAAAAAUCUUUUUCCUACAAAACUAGAUAUUCUAGAAAAAACUAUUGUUGUAAAUAAACUAGAAGAGAAAUUAGAUAAAGAUGAAGCUGAAAGCAAUUCAGAUAAUAUUAAAAUAAUUUCUUCAGAUACUGAAGAGAAUGAUGCCAGAGAAAAAUAUAAUAAAAGAGAAAAAACAAUGCCUUCUAGAAUUGAAAGAAGUAGAAGUUUAAGCAAAAGAACAAAUAAAAAUGAUAGCAACAAUAUUAUUAAUUAUAAUAUAGAUUCUUCGAGUAUUCUACUGAGGAAGAAUAGCGUAAAAUCUCAAAAUAAAGACAUUCUAGAUGAGGAACGUGAACUGGAAGAAAUCUUACGUACAAGUAUCAAAAGCAUACAACAUUCUGCUAGUACCGAGAAAAAAUAUGAUAAUAAAAAUGCACCUUCAAGAAUUGCUAAUAAAGACAGAUUAGAUAAAAUUAAAAAAUACACUGAUGAUAUUAUCGAUUCUUUACAAAGUUCAACAAGAAGAAGUAGCUUAUCAGAUGAUGAACCUUUUAAUCUAGAAUUAAGAGACAGUCCAUGCUUGGAAACAGAAGCAAUAUCCAACGAUGAUGUACAAGAAGGAAACUCUACAAGUUCAGUUGAAAGAAAAUCUUUAACAACAAUUGUUGAAAAUUUAGAUAAUUUGGUGACAUCUAAAAAACGUACAUACAGAACUAGGUCCCAUAAUAAAGAUUUUGCAGAAAAUAAUUAUACAAAUAUAUAUGGAUCCAAAAUAGAUGCAUCAGAGAACAUUGAAGAAACUAAUUUAAUCAAAGAGUGCAAAAACAGUAUAACCAAAACUAAUGAUGAAGAUGCAACAAUCACAAAUGAAACCAUUGUACAUCAAAUUCAAAGUACAGAGCAUACUGUUGCAGAUGCAUCAAUGGAUAAUUUGAUGACUUCUAAAAAACGUACAUACAGAACUAGAUCCCAUAAUAAAGAUUUUGCUGAAAAUAGAAAUGUUGAAGUAGAAGAAGAAAAUCCUUUUGGAUCCAAAACAGAUUUAUCAGUGAAAGAACAUUCAGAGAGCAUUGAAGAAACUGCUUUAAUCGAAGAGCGCAAUAACAGUAUAAUUAAUGAUGAAGAUGCAGUAAUGGAAGAUCAAAUUCAAACUUCGCUAAUAAAACCGGAAAUAAAUGACAGUGUAGAGGAUACUAUUUUAAAAGCGAGAAGAUCGCAUAGAAGAAUUGAUUCUAAAUCAGUAUUGGAAGAUUGUAAAGAAACUGAAUCAAAAAUAGACGACAAUGAUACAUCUACAGCGGAUGUAAUAAAAAUUGGGUCAAUUUUGGAUGAAAAAUCGGAAGUUAUCGCUACUGACGUUGACAUUAAAAGAGCUAGAAGAAGACCUAGAAGUAAAAGUGUCGCGCCUGCAUACAGGUAUUCCGAAAACCGAGAUGACCUCCAAAACUCAACAAACAGAAGGUCGGAUGAAACUAGAACUAACUAUCAAGAUAGAAGAAGAAGUAACAGCGUCGGUCCGAGAAAUAAUAUAUUGAAGAAAAUGUUAAACGAUUAUAAGAAGUAUGCCAUACCCAAUAUUGCUAAACCGAAAUUAGGAGAAAUGGGUUGGGCUCAAAUCGGAAAUUACCCAUACUGGCCAUGUGUAAUCACGAACGAACCUACUUCUAAAAUUUUUACCAAAUCGGUAUUAAAGAAGUAUUCUCCAAUCAUAUUCUACCAUGUUCGAUUUUUUGGCGAUAGAGGAAGAAGAGCUUGGAUAAACAGAAAAAAGAUUAUGAAAUUUACUGAUAGGAAUGAUCUGAAGAGAAUUCUUGACAGUUUAAAAGAGUUUAAACCUUCGUCCGAGUUACACGCUUUUAUCGUCAGAAAACCCUUUAUGAGUAAAUGGAUAACUGCGGUGGAAGAAGUGGAGCAUGUCAAAUCUCAAAAGUUCAAUUUGAAACAAAUCAUUAAAUUCAUGGAAACUGUAAGCGUACAAUCUCAAGAGGCGCAAGAAGAAGAACAAUCGGAAACGAAUGUAUCGACCAAAUCCAAGGAAACGCAGAAAAGGAAAAUUAAAGAUCAAGAUGAUUCUACAAUAAGCGAACCUCCAGAAAAAGAUUCAAGUACAGAAGAUGUCCACGCAAAGAAAAAAAUUAAAUUAAGUAUUAAAUCGUCGCCCAGUACAUCGCAGAAAGAAAAAUCGCCGAAGAAGAAAAUUUCGAAAGCAGUUGAAGACGAACAACCCGCCGAACCAGCUGUUAAUGAAGACCCAAUCGUACUAGAACCCGUUAAAAUCGAAGAAGUUGUAAUAAAAGACGAAAUAUCCGAUAUCGAAUACAAAGUCAGCAUCGAUAGCAUCCAACAUUUCGGUUAUUAUUCUUUAGACGACCAGAGGUCGCUGUAUAAGAGAAACAAUCUAUUCAAAGGCGUACCCAAGGACAAGGUUUGUCAGUUUUGUUUCAAUUUCGGAGAUUUGUACAGGUGCAAGGGCGGCUGUCAGGGUACUUACCAUCUGAAGUGCUCGGUGCAAGUUUUGAUCGAGAAGGUGCCCAAGAGGAGGAAAUUAAUAAGUCCGAAAAUCGAAACCAGCCCUUCAGAGGGCAAGAAGGUUGAAAAACUGGAAAACAAUUCAGGUAACCAAUCGGAAGUGGACGAAAAUCACGUUCAAAUCAUUACGGUGCCGUCGAGCGUUUGCGCUACGCCUCCGGGAAAAACGUUUCCGCCGGACGUUAUGAAUAUGACGUUGGCGGAGAGGAUCGAUUUCAAAAUGAAAGAAAUCAUGAAAAAAUUCGAAUCGAAGGCCUAUUUGGAGAUGCUCAACGAAUCGACGUCCGACGAGAAACCGAUCAAAUCGCCGGCGUCGAGGAGCAAAAGUUUUUCAAUGUGUCAAGAUCUGUUCUCCGUGGGCAAUCAAAAAUCUGCCAAACGAUCCAUUAUUUUCAACAAAGAAUUGGACGCUAUGGCGAAAAUAAAUCAACGCUCGCCCAUUUCUGCCAAACAAAUCGAGGAGAGUUUGGAAAUGAUACUGAAACCGCCUUCAACCAAACACGUCACGGCCGAUUCUCCAGGCGAAUCAACGAAAUCAUCUGGUCAAGCGAUAAAGGAAGAAGACGAUCAAAGACACGACCACAUGGUAGCAAACACUGAAUACUCAAAUAGCGAAUCGAUUGCCAAAGAUAAAAGUAAAAAGCCGAACAGGACGAGGAAAUCUUUAAUGAAACACGUAACAGCCGAUUUUCCGUCUCCUCCAGAUAAAACGGGCGUGGGCACGAGCAUUCCUCUGGAAGUGAAAAAACCGAACGGAGCGAGGAAGUCGCUACUAAAACACGUAACCGCAGACGCAGAUAGCAUAGAAACCAUCGAUUCCGAAAGCUUGAGGAGCACUUCCAGCAGACAGAGUAAACAAUCUGAGAUAUCUGAGCAAGUGGAGCUGGCCUACAAAAAUAUUAAUCCCAAUCCGAAACACUUCAAGUGCGGAUUCUGUGUGGAAGAUAUCGAUCCUUAUUGUUUCAUUUGCCACGACAGCGUGUCUAGAAGCGGUUCCAAUAUUCGACAGAAGUGUUCGUUGUAUCAGUGUUCGAGGUUCUACCAUCCGGAAUGUUUGAAGUUGUGGCCGCAGACGCAGUGGUCCUUGAUACAAACUACCAAAAACAGGUUUUCGCAAGAGGAAGUCGACAGCUUCGUGUGUCCGCAACACGUUUGUCACACGUGCGCUUCCGAUGAUCCGCGUGCCGCCAUCUCUCGGUGUUCCGGCGAUAAAAUCGUGAAGUGUUUGAGUUGCCCGGCCAGUUAUCAUUCGACCAAUCUGUGCGUACCGGCCGGUGCCGAUAUAAUCACGUCGACGCAGAUUGUUUGUCCGAGACACAGAAACAAGAACGGCAAAAAUCUGACCAUCAAUACCACAUGGUGUUUCAUUUGCAACGAGGGAGGUAAUCUCAUUUGUUGCGAAAUUUGUCCGACCAGCGUCCAUCCGGAAUGUAUGACUGUCAAUCUAACAGAUGAUGAUAAAUUUAUUUGCGAAGACUGCGAAUCCGGACGACUGCCGCUCUACGACGAAAUCGUCUGGGUCAAAGUGGGGCAUUUCAAAUGGUGGCCGGGUCUCAUUUUGUUUCCUAACGAGGUACCGCCUAAUGUGUUCAACGCCAAACACACGCCUGGGGAAUUCGUAGUAAAAUUCUUCGGCACUUACGAUCACUUUUGGGUCAACAGAGGUAGGUCGUUUCUGUUUCAAGAAGGCGACACCAUAGAUACGGGUUCGAAUAUGAAAAAUAAAGUGGAAACGAUUUUCAAAAAAGCCGUCGAAGAGGCCGUCGUCGCACACAAAAUGAAAAAACAAUUCAAAUCAACUCAAGCGGCAGAGACAGCGAGUUCGUUGAAACCUCCUCCAUACAUCAAGAUCAAAGUCAGCAAACCGGUGGGUAAUGUCAAGUUAAUGGAAUUGAAUUUGAGCAACACCACAGCAUGCGAGUGUGAUCCCGCUCAACCCAAUCCUUGUGGACCUGAUAGCAAUUGCCUAAAUAGGUUACUGUGGACCGAAUGCAAUCCAGAAGUAUGUCCGGCAGGGGAACUGUGCAACAAUCAGUCGUUCGAAAAACGCGAAUAUCCCCUUUUGGUUCCGUACAAAACGGAAGCGAGAGGAUGGGGUUUGAAAACGUUGGAGUCGAUCAAAAAAGGUACGUUCGUUAUCGAAUACGUCGGAGAGUUGAUCGACGACGAGGAGUACCAAAGGAGAGUUACGAAAAUGCACGCGCAGAAAGAAGAAAAUUACUAUUUCCUCACCAUACAUACAAACAGGAUGAUCGAUGCCGGACCGAAAGGCAACGUUGCCAGAUUCAUGAACCAUUGCUGCCAGCCCAACUGCGAAACGCAAAAAUGGACGGUCAACGGCGAGACGCGCGUCGGCUUGUUCGCUACCGAAGACAUCGCCGCCGACGCGGAACUGACGUUCAACUACAAUUUGGAGUGCACCGGCACGGAGAAGAAGGUGUGCAAGUGCGGCGCGCCCAAUUGUAGCGGGUUCAUCGGCGUCAAAGCCAAACAAGAAUCAACGGAACCCAAGAAGCCAAAGAAAUUAAAAAAAAAGGAACCCGUUAAGGUGAUCGUUUUGCCGCCAUGUUUCAUAUGCCAAAAGAAAGGGAACGUGGGUCUUUGUAACAAUAAAAUUUGCAACAAAGCCUAUCAUUUACGUUGUUUGAAAUUGGAUGAAUGGCCGGAAGGUAAAAAAUACGUAUGUCCGUGGCACUAUUGUAACGUAUGCUCUAAAAGGACGAUCAGAUGCUGCGUAAAAUGCUUAAAUUCCUUCUGUCCCUCCCAUUCUGAAGGAAACGUUCGUUAUGAUAAUCUAAUGGGAUUCGUUUGCAAUAUUCACGAACCUGCCAAGCGGAAUACUAUCUCUUCCAUGAGGAAAAAACGAUCCACCGUAACAUCCGAAGAAGCUGUCGUGACCUCGACGACCAACGAUGUCGAAGAUGACGACGGUCCUCUCGUAUUUAAACGGAAAAAUAAAAAAAGCAAAAAAAUUUCUUCAGGCGAUAGCAGCAACGUCGAUACUGUCAUCGACGGAAAUUCUAUCUCGAUCGGGCAAUCUGAAACCGAAUCGCAAGACGAAACCGUUUCUAGCGCCACGGCCUCGGACUUCGAGGACGAGUUGCAGCCGAAGAGGAAGCGAAAAGCGAGAAGAAAAAUGAGAUAUAACAGAAUUAGAAUAAAAAAAAGAAGAAGAAAUGUACAUCAAAUGAACACUGCCAAUUCUAAUAAUGAUAGUUUAUAUAGUUCUAGUAAUUCUAGGUAGAUUCUAAAUGGUAUUUAGCAUUGUAAUUUUUUUGAAAAUAUUAAUUUUAGUUGAUUUUUUUUUAGAAGUGACUUUAUUCCGAAUUGAUUUAUAUUAUUAUUUUUUAAUGUGUCUGUAGAAUGUUUAUAUGAAUAUGAAUACGUGUAAACUGUC